AUGAACUGUACCAAUGCGCGAGUUCCGGGCCUUGAGUUCACCAGUCAGACGUUGGCAGUGGUCGUAUGUUACGUGAUAGUCUUCUUGCUGGCACUGAUUGGCAACAUGUCUAUGUUCAUCAUACUGUUCAGGUAAUAGUCAUCCUAUUGUUUUAACUUGGUUCCAGAAACCAGAUGGCAAAACGACGACGAGUGCACACCCUGUUGUUGCACAUGACGAUCGCUCACCUUCUGGUCACGCUUGUUUACAUGCCGAAGGAGAUUAUUCAUAACAUUACAGUCAUAUGGUGGGGUGGGGACCUGGUAAGUGGAUUCGGGAUUUCUUAUUACUCGCUUUGUUUACAGCUGUGCCGGUUAUGCAAGUUCUUCGAUGUGUUUGGGGUCUCGUUGUCCGCUAAUAUCCUUAUGUGCCUCAGUCUGGACCGCUUUUACUCAAUACUGUUUCCGUUAUACGCCAUAAAUGCCAAGAGGUCAGUGUUACGAAUGAUCGGGCUGGCCUGGCUGGUGGCCUUGUUGAGCAGCGUCCCGCAGGUUUGUUGACGCGUCUUGGGUAAUUAGUAAUGCAACAACAUUUAGAUAUGGAUAUUCAGGACCGCAAAACAUCCCUGUUUUGAUUGGUACACUCAAUGUGUGUCGACAGAUGUCAUCGGGCUGAUAUCACCCAAGAUUACCUUUUGGUUCUCUGUUCUGAAUAUCAUCGAGGUUUACUUUCUCCCGCUGAUUGUCAUUGUGGUGUGUUACGGCAGCAUUUUGAUAUCGAUAUCAAUGAAAAGUGGUAAGGAGACUUUGUUGUUUUAUCAUUUUUAAUUUAACAAAAUUUUGAAUUAUCUUAUGUAGUAAUUAUAUCCUACUUGUAGGCUCAAAACUUUUGAAGAAGCAAAAUAAUCAAGGAUCUACCAACCAAGCCCUACUCCGCAGAGCAGGUGGCCAAGACAACUUCGAGAAGGCCAAGAACCGGACUCUGCAAAUGACAAUAGCAGUCGUCCUGGCGUUCCUGUUGUGCUGGACACCUUAUACUAUAGCCAUGUUCAUUCACUUUCUGAAGUCAUCAGCGACGCAUCGUCCUAUAUCGCCGUUACUAUCAAAAUUGCUGUAUGCUUUUGCAGUCUUUAACUCGGCAAUAUCACCGUAUCUUUAUGGCUACUUCUCGUUCAACAUUAGGCAAGAACUGGAACUACUAUUUUGUUGCACAUUACAAUGUACAGGUACGGCAAACAACGUUAGGAAUCCGUCAAUCAGGUAAGCAGCAUGCUUUUUGUAUUACAUAAGAUUUCUUUGCUUUUCCCAGUAAACACCUAACUUAGUAUCACUAAUAGGAUGAUGCUUUUUAUACCUUUAGUCGGCAACGAGUACGAGCCAUUAGGCACCGCCUUCCUGAAGAUGCCAGCAUCGAACGCGAUGCGAGGUCAGGAACGGCUAGCCAAAGCAUGGUCGAGCCGAGAAUGGCACGAAUCCGUCGCUGUAGCACCGUGAUGCACUCCGCACCCCUUAACACAGAAUCCACCUCACAAAGCCACAACUCAACCUCAGGGAACACGCUGACCGUCAAUUAA